AUGUCUGCUCCACACGGGCCCCGGGGCGGCCCUGGUCCCGCUGCCGCCGCCGCCGCUCCUCCCUCGGCGGCCGGCGCCAUGCCGGACAUGCCGGACCUCAGCCACCUCACCGAGGAGGAGAGGAAAAUCAUCCUCGGCGUCAUGGACCGACAGAAGAAGGAGGAGGCGAAAGAGCAGUCCAUGUUAAAAGACGAGGCUGAUGGGAUCAAUAAAGAACGGCGCUGCAGGUCAUCGGCAGAACUCAGUGAGAGGAUAAAUAUGGACUGGCUCAUCGGGAAACAGACCAGCGAGACUGAUGGGAAGCUACACCAGCAGUUUGAAUCGUAUAAGGACCAGGUUAAGAAGAUGGGAGAGGAGACUAAGCCAGUCCAGGAGCAGAAGAGCGAAGCCCCGACCUGUGGGAUAUGCCACAAAACCAAGUUUGCCGACGGCUGUGGUCACCUCUGUUCAUAUUGCCAAACAAAAUUCUGUGCUAGGUGCGGAGGACGAGUGUCUCUGCGGUCAAAUAAGGUUAUGUGGGUAUGCAACUUGUGCCGAAAACAACAAGAAAUCCUCACCAAAUCGGGGGCUUGGUUCUACGGCUCGGGGCCCGGUCAAACGCAGGGCGUGUUUGAGGGUGGGCCGCAGGGAAAAAAGGCCAAACUGCAAGACCCGUCCCAGUACCCCUACCAGGGAGCCCCGGGGGACUUGACUGUAUCGCUGGACCGAAGCAGACCUCAUGGCGGGCAUCUGCCCAGACAGGCAUCGCUGGAUAACGGCACAGGGCUGAGGUACCCGGGACCCGGUGACGCAUCCACAGACAGCUCGGUUUUCUCCCAUUUCAACGGAGCCUUCGCCGGGCCGCAGAACAUCCUGCAGACCGAGCUCCUGGAGCAGGCGCUCAGCAGCAUCGGCCGGCCCACGCUCAGUCCCACCAGCCCCCUUCCCGGCCCCAUGGCGUUACACCUGGCUGUUGGCAAAACUCGGCAGCUGUAA